AUGAAUAUGAAUUCUGGAAGUAUGGGCAUGAGCAGUAUGAGCAUGAGCAGUAUGUCUGGGAUGCACGAACAUCACACUAUGAGCGGAAUGAGCCACAUGGACAGUAGUAUGAGUAUGCCAAGUUCGGCCAGUUCUAGUAUGCCCAUGUCAGGAAGCAUGAGCAUGAGCAUGAGCAGCAACAUGCCCAUGCCUACUGGUAUGGACAUGGGAAGUCAUAAGAUGAUGAAUUCUUGGUUAACACCAACCUACCAAGACUAUCCGGUGUUAUUCAAGGGAUUGCAUGCCAAUUCUAAUGGUAAACAAUUUGGUAUAUUCUUAUUAAUCGUGGUAACGGCAUUUGUUUACAAAUUUCUAAACUAUUUGAGCUGGUGCCUCGAAGUUCAUUGGUUCAAAAACUGGAGUAAGUCAGAUGCUCCACAAGAAUCUAAGGAUGUAAUGUCUCAAGGUGACGAAGCAUUGGGGUCUUUACCCAAGAUGCCAAAUUUCAUGUUCGAUCUAUUUUGUCCUUCGUGGAUGGAUCUUUUCCAUGAUUUCAUUAGAGCCAUCCUAACAUUUUGUUCUACAAUGCUAAUCUACAUGCUAAUGUUGGUAGCAAUGACCUAUGUGCUUACUUAUGUGUUUGCAGUGAUAACCGGCUUAGCGCUGGCAGAAGUCUUUUUCAAUAGAUGCAAAAUUUGCACUUUACGUCGUUGGGAGAUUCAAAGACAGAUUAAAAGUGCUCGUACCUGUCCCGGUUAUGGUAAUUGUAAGUGUGGAAGACAUGCUGAUUCAGCCGUUCCUUCGACUUCAAAUGAAGGCGAGAAAUUGGCACAAACUCAAACGCAUGUAGGAGAAAGCGAUUCUACCAAAGAAGAAAACAAUGAUAACUGUUGUUGUACUAAUGGUGAAGGUAUCACCAAACGUGAAAACGAGGCAGAGACUCAAUUAGAAAACGAAAUUUCGGAGAACGCUAGAUGGAACGAACAAGCUGGUAAUAUGGAUGCCAAUUUAUUACCAGCAGAAAAAUUCAGGUAA